AUGACGAAGUUGAGUAUUAGCAUUAUUGUUUCAUUCCUAUUUCUAGCGUACUUAAGCGUAGUUCAAGGACUCAAUUUUGACAUAACAAAAUAUGGUGGAACACCAAAUUCAGAUAUUACCCAGGCUUUCAUAAAAGUUUGGAAAGAAGCAUGUGCAUCACCUGGUGCGGCUAAAAUAGUGAUUCCAUCCGGUAAAUACAGGACAAGUGGAAUAGAUGCUCAAGGUCCAUGUAAGUCUCCAAUUGAAAUUCAAGUUGAUGGCACAAUUCAAGCACCUUCAGACAUAAAUCAAUGUCAUAAAGGGAUUGAUCAAUGGAUCAGGUUUGGAACUAUGGACCAUUUAACCCUAUCAGGUAAGGGAAUUUUUGAUGGUCAAGGUGCAGCUACUUGGAAACAAGGUACAGCUGCUUGGAGCAAAAAUCAUAAAGUUAAUAACAAAGUUUCCAUGAAUAUGGGUUUUUAUUUUGUUAACAACUCCAUCAUCACUGGAAUUACAUCUAAGGACAGCAAAAAUUUCCAUUUUAUGGUUUACGGCUGCGAAAAUAUCACAUUUGAUGGCGUCAAAGUUUCUGCUCCUGGUGACAGUACAAACACGGAUGGAAUCCACUUGGGAAAAUCAACUGAUGUUAAAAUUCUUAAUACUGACAUUGCUACUGGAGAUGAUUGUGUGUCAUUGGGUGAUGGUAGCAAAAAAGUACUUGUCCAAAAUGUGAAUUGUGGACCUGGUCACGGUAUUAGUGUUGGAAGCCUUGGAAAGUUUCAAAAUGAAGAUAAUGUAGAAGGUUUGACAGUUAAGAAUUGUAAAAUAUCAGAUACUGAAAAUGGAGUGAGGAUAAAAACUUGGCCAUCUGGACCAGGAACACUUACUAUUACUGAUAUGCGGUUUGAAGAUAUUACCAUGAAUAAUGUUAGGAACCCUAUCAUCAUUGACCAAGAGUAUUGUCCAUGGAACCAGUGCAAUAAAAAGAAUCCAUCCAAAAUUAGGAUAAGCAAGGUUAUAUUCAAGAACAUUAAGGGAACUACAAAAGCAGAAGAGGGAGUGGUUCUUAUAUGCAGCAGUGGUGUGCCAUGCGAUGGUGUCGAGUUAAGUAAUAUUGAUCUCAAGUUUAAUGGAAAACCAGCAAAAGCUGUAUGUUCUAAUGUCAAACCUAUAGUUUCAGGAAUUUCUCCUAAGUGUGAAGCUUAUACUCCACCUCCCUCCGGCUGA